AUGCCCUACCAGCGGGCCAUCUCGCCAUUCAGCCUUGAGACAUACGAGCCUUCCGCCGACGAUAUAACUAGUGAUGAGCUACCGGCCUCUGAUGACGAGCUGACCGAGGCGGAGCGCGCAGCUAAACGUCAGCGAAUUGAGAAGCUCGCGGAAUCAUAUCUUCAGGGCAAGCCGCUAUUUAUUCUUUCCGCAUCUUUAAAGGGUCCGUUUGAGCAGGGCUGGAGGAAUCCGUGGAAGAAGGACCGCAAGGCUGUUGUUAGUCGACAGGCCAAGACGCGCGGCAAGAGGGUUAUACAAAAUGCAGGGCGUGUCGUGCAAGAGACCGACUUGCGCCAUCCCAAGUAUCGAGAGGACUUGGCUGUUGCGGCUCCGAGUCCUGCAGCAGCUAUAUCCAGAAUAGCUCAGUCACCGAAUGCGCAAGGUUUAAAUGCCGGCUCUCCUGUUACAUCUCGAUCAGCGCAGAAAAGACCUCUCCAAGCGGCAAUCCACGAUGAACAACAUCGAGUGACACCGCGUUCGAUUAAGAAACCAAAAGAGACACCGUCAUGGCGAACCAACGACCACUCUUUUGCUGCUGGUGGACCGGCAGAUUGGCUGAAGAAAGACCGGAAGCGAUUGAACUUUACGCAAUACGAACCCCCGAGCUCUCCAACUUCAAAGAUUGUAUCCCGACAGGCCGAGAAUAAAGCCCGGGUUGGUGCCAUGCGUACUAUGGAGCUCCGGCCUCCCGCGACGACUUCGCGCAGAAGGAUCUCGAUUACACCUGCAGUGGAUGAGGGGACGAGAACAGCCGAGCGUAUGGACAUUUCGCUGGAGGGUUCUCGAGUAGCGGCUGCAACGGAGCGAAAUCAUGACCAGAUCGUGGUGAGGUCGUUGGCUCCAGGACCACAAUCAACACACGGGAGCUCUCCCAGUGUGGAAAUUCCUGUGGCAUCGUCGUUUCGUGUCAUUUCUUCGACGUCUCAGCUGCCGCGGUUUGAGUAUCGGAGGUGGCAUCAAACGAAUGAUAGCUCGCAGGCUGGACAACAGUCUCCUAUCAAAGCUGUUAGCCCUGCUGCGAUUGAUACUAGUGUCAAGAAGCCUGUAACUGUGUCUGGUGCUGAGAAAGUCCAGGAAGACCUGCCCUCCGAAGGCGUCGUGGCUGAAGUGCAAGAUGCACCUGCAGCUGGGAGCAGUGAGAAUGCAUCUGCUCCUAGCGCCGAUAUUGAUGCGCCCGCUCAAAUAGAUCAACCAGUGGUCUCUGACGCCCCUGUUGUCACUGAACAAUUAGACGACGCAGUCCUUGAGCAAGAAGAUCCAGAGGAGCCCAAUGAGCCAUUGGAGCGACCGGUUGAUGACGAUCCCAAGGAGGCUAGCGAAGCCGAACUUGUCCAAACGUCAAAGGAUCUCAGGUUUGCCGAUGAAGCAGGUCUUUCAACUUACAUCGAAGAAGAAGAUCAACCACAGACCGAGCAAAAUACCUAUGAGAACCUACCAUCUGCCCAACAUGUACCUGUUCCUCCAGGAGUAUCAGAUCGUAUACCAUCGUUAUACUCGACCGCAAUGCCGAGAACAAAUCCUGAUCAGAACACUGAAGAGAGUUCGGAUACGCAAUUGUCGACGCAGGCCGCCCUGCUUCAUGCCCAAAGAUCGUUCCAAGAAGACCUGGAUAGCCCCGAGCCUGAAUUCAUCUAUCCCGCAGAACCGGAAGAUACCGUGAUGGGACCCGAAGAGGAGUCAAUUCUUGCACAAGAAACGCCGUAUAAUGGUCCACAAGCCUCGGAGGCAGUCCAUCAUGCAAGCCUGCGCGGAUACUCGAAGGAAAGGAUACAGGCUAUGAGUACGCAAUGCAUGAUUGAUGCCGUCACCCCUUAUAUUUUCAGCACGGAAAAGAAGUCCAAAGCUUUUCGAGAAUUAUCACCCGAUCAGCCUAAGGAAAGGCCCGAGGUGCCUCCGGAUCUCCUAGUUGUCUCACCUCGGAUGCCCUCGCCUUCUCAGGACCACGAGUAUCACAGAGCCCACUCGAGUCCUCAUGGCCCAGACCCUGCUUUAACACAUCGCUCAACUACCCAAGGGACAGCUCUCCCUUUUGCUCUUAGUGGCUCGACACCAACGACUGCCCAGGAUGGGCAAGGAGCCCCUCCAGGCGUGGAAAAUUUUGACCUCAGCCAGGCCAUCGCCGACGCUGGUAGUUGGCUGCAGCAGAGCUUCGACUUUAUGAAGGACAUUAGACGUCCUAGUCAACCUGCAAGACCAGCCUAG